GAUAGAGGGCCUCUCAAACGGUUACAGGCAGAGAGAGGCAAAACAUUCUCCCGUAAUGUUAGCGAGCAGCCAGCUAGCUUGGCUGUAAUUCUUGGCUUGCACCCGAACGACCGAAAGCCUAGUUGUCAUGUAAGAUAACUACCAGCUAGCUCGCUCCGUGGAUCUGUUUACACACGAUAUUGCUUUAGUAGCUUGUUUGUUAGUUAAGCAACGAUAGCUGUAAAUGCACACAUGACAUUUCAGCGGAAUUCCCGAAUGUAUGAAUUUUAUGCACGAAACGAUUUGACACAAGAGUAAACUGGCUGGAUUUGACUGCCUUGGCUGUCAAGCACGGACAGGGAUCACGUGCUGAUAUUUAUUUUAUGUUAGCUUUGCCUACACCACCUCCACCUCUCUCUCGCAGAUGUAGUCAAUUUCUCACGUGUACUGCUUGCUGUGUGAUCUCCUUGAGACUGGAUCUGCCGAGCUGAGAGCCCCUCUGAACGGCAGGAAGCCACCAUCAGCGGCGGUUUGACGAUGACCGAGCUGGUUGCCAAGUGGGCCUGUGAAUACUGCACAUACGAGAACUGGCCGUCAGCCAUCAAGUGCACCAUGUGCCGCGCUCAGAGGCCAAGCGGGGGUACCAUCAUUACUGAGGAGCCCUUUAAGAGCAGCCCUGCUCUGGAUGCCAGUCUGCACCAGUGGGACCCUGCAAGCAACAGCCCACCCCAGGGGGGCUCCAGUUUACUUAUUUGUCCAGACUCCAGUGCACGACCCCGUGUCCGCAUUGCUGAUGUACCUGAGACUAGUAGCAAGUGGUCAUGCCACAUGUGCACCUACCUGAACUGGCCUCGGGCCAUUCGUUGCACCCAGUGCCUGUGCCAGAGGCAGCACGCUCAACAACAAAAGCAUGGGCAACAUGCAACCCAUCAAGGACAUCAUACCCAGCAGCCACGCAGCCCUACAGAGUCACCCCAGACGUCAGGCUCUGUAUGCCGCCCUGCUCCUCUGGCCAUCACCACAGACCCCUGUGAGGAAUAUAAUGACCGUAACAGGCUCAACACUCACGCACAGCAUUGGACCUGCACUGCCUGCACUUACGAGAACUGGGUCAAGACACAAAAGUGUGUGGUGUGCGAUCACCCCAGGCCGAAUAGUCUGCUAACUGAGCCCAUCGAACUGGCAUCAGAGCCUGAGAGCCAACAACCUUCCUCAAAACUUAACGAACAGGACAGGGACAACCGAAGGGGUGUCGUUGGGCAUUUGGUUGGGCAAGUGGUAGGGAGUGUAGUAGGUGGGGUGGGGGGUUGUAGCAGCAGCCAAAGGAGGUCUCCCCCGACCUUGAGACGGGAUUCAGAGAUGAACAUGGACUUUCAGAGGAUUGAAUUGGCGUCAGGGGCUGGGAUUGGGAGCAAAGAGGAGCUGGAGGUGGAUUUCAAAAAAUUGAAGCAGAUUAAGAACAGGAUGAGAAGGACUGAUUGGCUGUUCCUCAAUGCCUGUGUUGGUGUGGUGGAAGGCGACCUGGCGGCUGUGGAGGCCUACAAGUCAUCAGGAGGUGACAUUGCACGACAGCUAACAUCAGAUGAGGUGCGCCUAUUAAAUCGGUCCUCAGCAUUUGAUGAUGGCUUCACGCUGGUUCACCUUGCCAUCCGCUUCCAGAGACAGGACAUGCUGGCUGUGUUACUUACAGAGGUGUCCCAACAGGCAGCCAAGUGUAUUCCAGCCAUGGUGUGUCCUGAGCUAACGGAGCAGAUCCGUCGUGAGGUAGCAGCCUCUCUUCACCAGCGCAAGGGAGACUUCACCUGCUAUUUCCUAACUGACUUGGUGACCUUCACCCUGCCGGCAGACAUCGAGGACUUGCCCCCAGCAGUUCAGGAAAAACUGUUUGAUGAGGUGCUGGACCGAGAUGUACAAAAAGAGCUCGAAGAGGAGUCUCCCAUCAUCAACUGGUCCCUGGAACUCGGGACUAGGUUAGACAGUCGGCUGUAUGCCCUGUGGAACCGCACAGCCGGGGACUGUCUGCUCGACUCCGUGCUGCAGGCUACGUGGGGCAUCUAUGACAAGGACUCCGUGCUCCGGAAGACCCUCCACGACAGCCUGCACGACUGUUCUCACUGGUUUUACACACGCUGGAAGGAGUGGGAGUCGUGGUAUUCCCAGAGCUUCGGCCUGCACUUUUCACUCCGGGAGGAACAGUGGCAGGAAGACUGGGCUUUCAUCCUUUCCUUAGCUAGUCAGCCAGGAUCCAGCUUGGAGCAGACCCACAUUUUUGUUCUUGCACACAUACUUCGUAGGCCUAUUAUUGUCUACGGAGUGAAGUAUUACAAAAGUUUCCGUGGCGAAACACUCGGGUACACCCGUUUUCAAGGUGUGUACUUGCCCCUUUUGUGGGAGCAGAGUUUCUGCUGGAAGAGCCCCAUCGCUCUGGGCUACACGCGGGGCCACUUCUCAGCACUGGUGGCCAUGGAGAACGACGGCUUCGACAAUCGCGGCGCAGGCGCCAACCUAAACACAGAUGACGACGUAACUGUCACAUUCCUGCCGCUGGUCGACAGCGAGAGGAAGCUGCUUCACAUUCACUUCCUCUCAGCGCAGGAAAUGGGAAAUGAAGAGCAGCAGGAGAAGCUUCUGCGCGAGUGGUUGGACUGCUGUGUGACCGAGGGCGGAGUCCUGGUGGCUCUUCAGAAAAGCUCCCGCCGACGCAACCACCCGCUUGUCACCCAGAUGGUGGAGAAGUGGCUGGACGGCUACCGGCAGAUCCGACCCUGCGCCUCUUUGUCUGACGGCGAAGAGGAAGAAGACGACGAGGACGAGUGACAAAACUGAAGCGGGGGGGGCAGGACUCCUCCCCCUCCUCUCUCUUACAGUUUUACUUUAUUAUUGAUGUUGUUUUUUUUUUUUUUUCCUUUCCUGACACGGACAAACUGUGACCGCCUUCAGGAGAGGACAGGGAACCACAAGCCCCCACGCACCUUUCACCUGACAAAAAGACACUGCUACUCUUCUAGCGCACACAGGCACUCGGACAUAAAACACAUUCAACACUUUACUCAGACAAACCUGAGACUGACAAACUCCAAUGCUGCAAAACACAGAUUUGGGGAAAGAAUAAAGGUUUACGAAAGCAAAUGACCUUUUGAUUUGUUUUGAGUUUCAAAAUGUAAAGGAAAAAAGGAAUCUUUAUCUAUAGAUGUAAAUGCAUGUGGUUGUUUAAAAAAAAACGAAAAAAAAAAAAAAAAAGUAUAAGGAAAUAUACCAGCAUCAACACUUUAUAUCCGUUCAGUAUGGACACUGAAAAAAAAGCACACUUCCAAAUUGGUUUUAUGAUGUUUUUUCCAGUUGUAAAAGAGUUGGCUUGUUUAGCAUUUUGUUUUUGAAUGGGCAGGGACAAAUCCAAUAAUUAUCAUUAUCUUCAGAGAAACCAGAGAUUGUGUAAUAAUAAAUGACUUUAAUCCUUAUUACUAAGCACUGCACAUUUAAUAAAACAUUUCUAUAUAAAUACAGUAUCAUUGCUUGAAUAAAAGUCAUUAAAUGAAGCUCUUGAAAAGGGUGAUUUUCCCUUUAUAAGUCAAAUCUACACUCACUAAGGUUUAGCACACAGACAUUCAUGUUGGAUCUUACGUUUACCUUUUUUUCAGACUGACUGAAGUGAGAAGGCGUGUGAAUGGGUGUGUGUGUGUGUGCGUGCGCGCGCAUGUGGUUUUUCUUCUCUGAACUUAACUCUACAUAUUUAUUGUUUGGAAACUUAUUUGAGCUAAUAAGAGCUUUCUGUAUAUUUUUUUCCUCCUUUUUGUGGUUUUGUUAAUUAUUCUCUCAAUCUCGAUGAAGACAUGUUGCACAGAAACACUGUUGCUUUGAGGAAAGCACCAACCAUGACCAUCAGUGAAAAGUUUACCUAUGUUGUUGCGUGCGAUUUAGUACCUCAUUCGGAUGCCUAAAAUCUGGUGCUUUUUUUUGGAGGCAGGCGAGUGUGGGAGUGAGACACAUUCAAUGUCGACAUAAACCCAGAGUCAUGCUUGUCUCAUUGUUGUCUCCUAUUUCCUCUUGGUCCCUUCUUUCCUUAUAGCAUUUGUUGUCACAGUCACCCUCACGGUACACGUCAGUUCACCUCUGUAACGCUUGUUUGUUGUCAUUAUGUGAAAACAUGUUUAAGUUUUUGAUUAAGGUUGUUGUGAGACACUGCAACAUAUAAAACCAAAGCUGACAGAAAAAAAAAACCCACGAGUUUUCGUUAAUUUUUUUUGCUGUGAAUGUUUGCAUUUUGUUUUUUCUCGCCAUCGCGUACUGUAACCUCUUUCGUGUUUCAUUCAAGUCAUACAUGUUUUGAGCAUCACCUGUAUGUUGCUUUGUAUUUAUGCACUAGUUGCAGUUGUGACUAUGAUGGUUUGUGGAUUUAGGCCUGACUUCAUUAUACAGAGUGUAACGCAAAGAACAGGUAAAAUAAGGAAAAAAAAAAAAAUA